CACAUCGUGUACAGCGGCUGAGAAGCACAGUUCUGGCGUGACGAUGCCCAGCUGCAACGUAAAGUAACCUUCAGAAAAGCCAUAUAAACGACUCACCCAAAACGGCAUCGACUCCAACGUGUUCAUGGAAUUUUCGAUUUCACAAAUGGAAUAAGAAAUUUGACCUAUUUAGCCAAGAACCAAGACUAAAAAGUAUUUUUGUACGAAGUAUUUUUUGGUUCGUUAGAAGCAUGGAAGGUUGAAAUUAUCUGUGUGAAUUGCAUUUCUCUGUGGAAGGAGAAAGUGACAUAAGGCUCAAUGGCAUUACGGAUAAUCAGGAUUUCAAAUUUAUGAAAACGUGUGGUUGUAACAAAAACAUAUUCCAGUUGGAUAAAACACUUGGAUGGAGAACCCAGUAGAUGUUUGCUGUGGAAGAUGAUGUUCUUGUGGCUAAUCACCUUUACACUAAUAAACAGUAGUUGCGAGGAAGAUGGUAUGCAGUAUACACCGUACAUGAGAGUAUGGGAUAUGGACGGGAAGACAGUACCGAAUGACUUCAUGAUUGGAUUUACGUCAGCGAAGUCAAAACGUCAUUGUGCGUCAAUGUGUGCGGCAAACAGUCUGUGCACAUCCUUCUUCUACAACACCAACAGUUAUGCCUGUAAACUGGUCCACAGACUGGUGUCCAGUUCGGAUACUCUGCUUGACGAGAUUCAUUCACUGUAUUAUACAAUGAACACAUGUUGUAGAUAUGUGCCUCCGCCAACGCCAACCGGUAUCCCACGUCUGGCGAUUGCGCAAAGCAGUGUCAUAACCAUGUUUGACUAUAACGGCACCAAUGUCCUCACGAUCAACGAGCUGGUGCGAGCAAUGUUUUACCAUCCGUUCCAAGAGCGACUUUAUCUCGGUACAAAUCCAAUCACGUCUGUCAAGCUGGAUGGAACGGACGAACGGACACACGGGAGCUCAUAUACAGGAACACUGAUGGCGUUUGAGAACAACAUGUUCGACGACAAUAUAUACCUCUCAGUAAGUAACUACCUCGUGGAGCGUCUCACCCCUGAGGGCGUCAUGAGCAACAUCGCCAACGACGUCGACGUCUAUAAACCACGCCAAAACAGACUGGACACCUUGAAAAACGCGCUGUACUGGGCAGAUGAAGCUCUUAAGACAGUCAAGUCGACGAAGUUGCCAGGACCGUCGCCUGUGGAGACGUUGUUCACGUCUGGCCAGGUCGUCUGGGGCAUGGAUAUAGACUUCAACGAUAAGAAGAUCUACUGGUGCGCCAAGUCGACAGGUCAGGUAUGGGUGUUCGACAUGUCGACCUCUACCAACACCAAGCUGGUCCCCAACGGCAGCUCCGUGUCCGGUUCCUGCAGUGGGUUACGUCUCUACAACGACUUCAUCUACCUUAUCUACUACAGAUUGGAUUACAUGGAGAAGAGGUACAAGAAUGGAUCCCUUGCUGCGAAAAUUCUUGAAGGCCAAAUAUCAGCAUCGAAAACAAAAUAUUUUGCUAUUGUAGAAUGAUGUUGAAUGAUUGAACUUGAACUCAACAAAUUCUAUGAACAAUGUUAUCUACCAGGACCUCGUUGCAUAAAUCGAUAGUUUUGAUACGACUGUCAUCGGCCUUGACUAAAGUUAAUCUAACAAUGAAAGCUAUAACACCGAUCGUUUACUAUUGAACACUCUGAUUUAAGAUCUGACAGUAUCUCUACAGGAGGACUCGACAGGUAAUGUUCUAAGCAUCGAAGCUUCAAAAGGUUAGGCACGAGUGAGCGAAGUAUUCUCACCUGAAUAUUUGGUUUUAAGUUAUAUAUAUUCCGAAAUCCAAGUUAAACGGGCCAGUACCGGAUGUAGAUAAUAAAAGCCAAACCAUUUAUACACUUUCGUUUCUUGGCUGGGUGUGGGUAUAUAUACUGAUGGAAACAAUUAACGGAACAC